AUGGCCAGCUCAGCCCUGUUGCAGAGGCAGUUUGAUGUGGACAUUCUUAUUUCAGGAUACACACAUAAAUUUGAAGCAUUUGAGCGUGAAAAUGAAUUCUACAUUAAUCCAGGUUCUGCUGCCGGAGCAUAUAAUGCCUUGGAAACAGACGUUAUUCCUUCAUUUGUGUUGAUGGAUAUCCAGGCUUCUACAGUUGUCACUUACGUGUUUCAGCUAACUGGAGAUGAUGUGAAAGUAGAAUGA